UUCACGUGACUCAGGCAGCCGCCGCCUGUGAUUGGCUGUGGGACUAGGAAGUGUUAAGCUGCUGGUCAUGUGAUGAGCGUGAGGCUGCGGACAUGGACGGGACUGCGGAGGGCACACUGGGGCUUAUUGAGAAGCUGCCGGUAGCUCAGUGCCCGCAGUUUCUUCACAAAGUUAUCGAUGGAGUUUGUGGCAGGGCGAAGCCUCGAUUUCAGGACUAUGGCAGCAUCUGGAACUUAAGGGAAUGGCUGGAAGUCUUAGACAGCACCACUGCUUUUAUUAAAACUCGUGUUGGCAAAGAUGGAGGCUCCGAAGAGAUAUCUAAUGAACUAAGUGGAAUAAAUCCAGAAUAUAAAGAAGUGAUCAUUAAAUGCAUAAAAAGUAGAAAACCUGAAAUCAGAGAAGCCUUAGUGGAGAACGUGUGUGCUAUGUCAUCUGCAUACUUACAAGACUUUGACUGGCAGCUAAAGCUUGCUAUGUCAAGUGAUAAGCUUUCUACAUUGCAAAUGCCACUUGUGAAUCUCGACCUGGAUAUUGUAGAAAAUGGAGCAAUUGCACCAGUGUCCAUUGAGAUGAAUAAAGAAGAGCUGCAGAAUCUUAUCAAUUCUCUAGAGGCAGCUAACAAGGUCGUCCUUCAACUGAAAUGAAGAUUUGGGUGAUUGGUUUUCACCAGCUUUAUGACAAGGCCCUGCUGAAGCCCUUAGUCUUGUUGUGGUAGCAAAAAGUGGGACAUUACCAGCCGUGCUUCAGUGGGCAUUCAUAGUUUACAUGUGUAUGAAUCUGCUAUAUCCUGGCAGGUGCCCCAGAAUUCUCCCCCCAAAACGGGUGUGGCUUCUCUUAGUAUUGCAGUGGUGUACAUGACUUUAAUGUACUUUUUUCUUUUCUUAAAAGGCAAUUGACAUUUCUUUUAUAGUUCUUGGUUCUUAUAUACAGUCCAUGUUAUAAACAUGCAGGUAGGAUUGUUAUGUAAAGUAUAUCUCCUUUUUGUAUUAUAAGUGACAGUAAAAUGUAAAAUAUAUUGAAUCAUUACAUGAGAACAUGCUUUGUAUUUUGAAGAUAAUAAAGCCAUGUUUUAUUUGUA